UUGAAGCUAAUCUCUAUUUGCACUCAAUAUAUAACUGUGAAAUGCCCAGUGAGAACGUGUCAUCAGAGUGCAGUUACCAAGAAGUUAUUCUUCAUUACCUUUUUACAAGCUGCUAUUAUCUAUACAAUAAUAACAAUGUCAGCGUAGCUUAUGGUUGUGUUCAGACAAACUAUACAGAUGAAGCACUGAAAAAAGACUGUAGUAACAAAGCGGAAGCUGUUUUAGUCCAAGAGAAAUACACUCUCAUUUCUCUCAACAUCACACCGUUUCUACAUAACAGUGUAUUAAAGUUCUUUGUGGAUGAUACAAACUGUACGAGGGCACCAAACAAUGAUGACUUUUGGUGGAGCGUAGAGAUAAAAGAAGAUCAGAAUGAUGAUGUCAUCACAGAGAAGAAUGAAACUCAAAACAGAACUGUUGACUGUGCAAUUGCUCUGAAUGAAGAAGUUGGCAUACGUCAGUUACGUUGUGAAGUUAACCGGACAGACAUAUCAUGCAUAAUGGUCAUGAGACAGAAGAGUAACAAUCCCAUUAAUGAUGGGUACUGUAACCAACAAAAUGUUACCUACACAGUAAUAGACCCUUUGCGACCCUAUGACAAUGUAGAACGUACAUUUCCAGCAGCUGAUGUAUCAAGAACUAUAUGUACGUUGUUCCUGAUGAUUAUCCCCUUAAUAGGAGUUGUUUGGGUUUACCUCGGACUGUAUUUCUCAGAUAAGGAAGACAAAGAGAAAGAGAAAGAUCCAGACAGGCCAGAACCUAUUCCAUAUCUAAAAUUUAAGGUGUUACUUUUAUAUCCUCAGGAUUGUGAUUCUUUCAUGGCUACAAUGAAAAGUCUGAAAAUUUUUUUGCAGAGUUUUAACUGCUUUGAGGUAUAUGAUUACUUUGAUCCCAAGAGGUUUGGAGAAAUAGCAUGUGAUCCACAGGGUUGGAUCAGCAGCCUACUUUCACAUAAAGAUGUGAGGAUAAUUCUAGCAGAAACUGAUACUGCUUUGAUCCAUCAACUAGCUAUUGCAAAGAUAUGUGUUGUUAACUAUGUUUCACCUUUGCCAUAUAGCAAUCUUUUUGCAUAUGGUUUACAAAAUCUUCUGCAGAGUCUCAGACCACAGGAAUAUAGUCGUAUUUUUUUGAUAAGAUUUGAAGAUAUUACUCAAGACAAGGAAAUCCUUAAGCUUUCUAGAUAUCAGAGGUAUAAACUUCCAGAACAUGUCAGAAAUCUUAUUUCCCAUAUGAGCAACUGUAAUCUAAUUCCUUUCAAAGAAAUAGAGGAAUCAAUUGAAAUGAGAAGGCUAAAGCAUUCCAUAGAUAAAUUCAGACAAUUCCAACAACAGAAUCCUACUUAUCAUACAAAAAUAUGUGACAACCUAACAAAACUCAUUUAAAUUACUUCCAUGAAAUCAAGAGGGGAAGUGUGAAAUGGAUCUAUUACUGCCAAGCAGGUGAAUGAUCUACCAGAAGUCGGAGUGAAAAAUGAAGAAAUUGACAUGUUAUGAACUGUUUAGGAGAGAAGAAAGAGCAGUGAUUACAAAAGCAGCAUGAGACUGAAAUAUCUGUGUAUCAUUGUCAGUACACUUCAAAUGGUUUCCAGUACAUGCAAAAGACUCGUUAUUACAUUCAUGUAAAUAACAGAAUGGUGCCUGCAGGCAGUGCUACAUUAACUAUUGGAGAAAUGAAAAUGUGUAUUUCCAGAAGCUAGUUCUUUGGAUCUACUGUUUUCAGCAUAGAAUUAUAUUAUGCGAAGAUGUGUUGAGUGUGGUUUACCCAGCACCAAAUGUAUCAACACACGCAUUAACCCAUUUGCAGCACUGACUUGCCCUCUGUGACUUUUUUCCCAGUUUCUUCAUCUUGCCACUUAUUGUUUCACACUUCCUGCCAGUGAUGAACACUGGUAUACAGCUGACACAUUUUGUGGCCAUGUUGACAACAUUUUGAGACUAGAGCAGGCUCUUCUUUGGAACUGUCAUUGUUUGAAUAAUUUGAAACCUUGUUCUUUCUUCCUGUAGCUUGCUCCCCAUUUAGGGUGACAGAUUUCUUGUUUUGCACAGAAUUACUUGCUAAGGUUUUCUUGUUUCUUAAAAUCAAAACAAUCUUCCAGCUUCUUGUUAUAUGUGUAGCUGGUCAGUACUGUGCUCCCUUUCCCUUUCUCCUAGCGAGGUGGUUUUUGCACUUUUGGUACUGGUCUAAUGUCCUUCAAAGGGUGGAGAUGGAAACAGUAUUUCAUAGGAAAGGAGACUCAGGAAGGAGUGGAACAUUAUCACCCACUUCCAGCCAGAAAUUUUCAUUUUGUGUAGCAUUUGAUAGAUGUUGGGUUUGGAUUCUUGUUCAGGCAUUUGGGAGUUCACUGUACACAUUUAUUUUUUUUCUAGUUGCCUGUUGUUAAGGGCUUCAGUAAUAAAGUCAGUUUCAUUGAAAUAGCAUGACUGAAAAGGAAGAUAUUUCCAGUGUAAAAUCCUCUGAUGACAUUAGAUGUUGUUGAUGCCUUCAUAAAAACAUUUUCCAUCAGAUAAUCAAUUUCAUAACUGUGGCACUAUCCAGACAUUAGUUGCGUAAAACUACCUUCAUGUCCCAUGGUUGUGAAAAGUUUUUAAUGCUUCAUAAAUACCACACUGGAAGGCAGCAUUUUGUAAAUGAUAUGUAGUGGCAAGUGACCUGUGAUGAAGUAUAUCAGCUCCAGCUGUUUGGUAUGUAAAUAGUGAGUAUCUAAAGUACAGGUAAGAGGAUCUUCAACUGACAGUUUCAAAAAGGAAGCAAAUGUUAUCCAUCCACUGACUGAAAAGAUCAUACUAGAUCAAUUCUGACUGAUGGAACCUUGCAGUGUUCCAGGAGGAUCUCCUCUCAUUAAGUUAAUAUCAUUUUUUCCUCGUAUGGAAAAUGAUCAUGGGAGAAACAAAUUGACCGCCUACCUACAUGCAGGUGACAUUCAUGUUGAUUUUGCUAUUUCUUCAUUCCACUUUCUAAUAUUACCCAUAGAUGAUAAUUGAGCACAUACUAAGAUGCCGAAGUGCUUAAUCUGCUAUUGUGACACUCACCUGAAAAACUGAAGUUAAGAAAAGUAUUUUUACAAAAUAUUACACCACUGGAAUAUUUUUUCAAUGUUCUCUUAAACUGUUUUAACUAACAGAGAUUCAGUUAUGCCUAUGUGGUCAUUACCCAACCAAAACUGAGGUCAAGAAAAUUAUGAACAAACUGGAAAAAUACAUUGCUGUCUUUAUCACCAAAAAGGAAUCAUUGCUAGCCCAUUGACUAGGGGCACCCAAAAGCUACAAGUUGAAGUUGACUGCACCAUGGAUUCCACACCACAACUCACAGAACUAUAUCUGCAUUGAGAUAUUUUAAUGAUUUUACUAACUUAAAUUAUUCUUUGAACAUUACCUCACAUUUAUUAAGUCUAUUAACAAUGCUGCUUUCAUCUCAUUUUCCUUUAUUUACUCAAUUACACCCAGUCUAUGUGAAAUUCUUAUCUCUCCAAGGUCUUUACUCAUUUGUCCUCAGGUGACGGCAAAGGAAACCACAGUCUGUUUUUAUUAUUUUUCCUUUGACAUUCUAUCAGUUAAACAACAAUAUGAAUCUUUUCCUUGAUUUUUAACCUACUGUGAACACACUUUCUAGAUUUAUAAGAUUUUUCAACUUAACUUCUUUCUCUGAAUGCACAGUAACUGUUCUUUCACAAAUGUCUUAAAGAACUUCUUUAUUUAGUUUGGAGAUUACUGUGGUUGUAGCAUCAUCAAAGAACCUUCUCAUCCAUAAAUCUUAAUGACUAAUUGGCAAUUAAGUCCCAUGACUAUUUUAGUUACAGAUAUACACUGCCUGACAAAAAAACAUGAAGCACCCAGA